CCUUUUCCUUGGAAAGUCUCUGCCCCACAAUGGCAAAGCUGCCCUGACUCAGGGGACUUUAUGUUUUAUCACCAGGAAACGCCCAGAGGUUGUGACAGUGACCAAAUGGAAGGCGCCGGUUGUGUGGGAAGGCACUUACAACAAAGCCAUCCUAGAAAAUUAUUAUGCCAAACAGAAAAUUACCGUGGGAUUGACGGUUUUUGCUAUUGGAAGGUAUAUUGAACAUUACUUGGAGGAGUUCGUAAUAUCUGCUAAUAGGUACUUCAUGGUCGGCCACAAAGUCAUAUUUUACGUCAUGGUGGAUGAUGUCUCCAAGGUGCCGUUUAUAGAGCUGGAUCCUCUGCGUUCCUUCAAAGUGUUUGAGGUCAAACCAGAGAAGAGGUGGCAAGACAUCAGCAUGAUGCGUAUGAAGACCAUCGGGGAGCACAUCUUGGCCCACAUCCAACAUGAGGUUGACUUCCUCUUCUGCAUGGAUGUGGACCAGGUCUUCCAAGACCAUUUUGGGGUGGAGACCCUGGGCCAGUCGGUGGCUCAGCUACAGGCCUGGUUUUACAAGGCAGAUCCUGAUGACUUUACCUAUGAGAGGCGGAAAGAGUCGGCAGCAUAUAUUCCAUUUGGCCAGGGGGAUUUUUAUUACCACGCAGCCAUUUUUGGAGGAACACCCAUUCAGGUUCUCAACAUCACCCAGGAGUGCUUUAAGGGAAUCCUCCUGGACAAGAAAAAUGACAUAGAAGCCGAGUGGCAUGAUGAAAGCCACCUAAACAAGUAUUUCCUUCUCAACAAACCCUCUAAAAUCUUAUCUCCAGAAUACUGCUGGGAUUAUCAUAUAGGCCUGCCUUCAGAUAUUAAAACUGUCAAGCUAUCAUGGCAGACAAAAGAAUAUAAUUUGGUUAGAAAUAACGUCUGACUUCAAAUUGUGCCAGUAGAUUUAUCAAUUUGAGAGAGGAGUAUUCUGGCAACUUCCUCAGAAAAGUAACACUUAAUUUCAACUUAAAAAAAAUACUAAUGAAACACCAACAUGGCAAACACAUACCAUUCCUCCUUGUAACGUGGGGCCUUGUAAUGUGGGAGAAUGAAUCUAGAUCAAUCAGAUGUAAAUUCCUAGUGAUUUCUUAUCUAUUCUGGGUUUGGGGGAAAUACUAUCAACUGAAUCAAAAAGAACUUGUCAUAGGCAAAGAUAAAGCCAGAAACACUCUACGCAUGCCAGAUAACAUGCUGGAGAAAAGGGUGCUAAGGGAAGCGUUUGGCAGCAAGAUAUGAUUGUAAGGGGUUGUCCCUUGAGUUCAAUGUCUGCCUAUUUCUGGUGGGUCUAAAGUAACAUGGAGUUACUUUGCAGCAGAGCUCUCAGUAAAGACACCAUUUACCUUGGCAAUCCUCAAAAGGUUUCAACAGCAGAUUGCUUCAGGCCAUCUGUAGUCCAUCCUUUUCUCAUCAGGAUGUUGUUUGGCUUCCGUGUGAAAGAUUGGUGAGUGUCCCAGUAGAUAUCAUGGUGGUGCAUGAUCGGAGUCUCAAGGAAUCUGAAUGAGCCAAGGUGCCCAGAGUGAAGUAAAAGCAAAGCCUCGACAUGAGUUUGCCAUGAAACAGCAAAGAGCGAGUGAAAGAGAGGAGCCAUCACUGUGGGGCAGAGCCAUCCUGGAGGCACUUAGGGCAUGGGGUUGGUGCUU